GCGAAAAGAGCUUCCGAGCUUCCUCUGUCGCCUUUUGCGAGAAGCAGGCAACAUCCGUUAUCAACCUCACCACGCCAGCUUCGAUUUCUGUAUCUGCUGCUUUGCCUGCUGCUAUUAUCGACCGCCACUGUAUUUGAUGGGUUGCUGUCGCGCUGAGUCUCGCAUUCAAAACGCGCUCUGGCUGCACGCCAGGAGCUAGGAGAGCACACCGUCAUGGCCGGGACAUCUUUAAUCGGAGUGAUGCCGGCAAGAGGAGGGCCGGGAUUGGGCGCAUCGGGAAAUACCUCCUUGAUGGCGUCGCUCAAUCCGGAUGAACUCGCUGAAUUUCGCGAGUAUGGUAAACUGCUGCGAUUUCGCGACGAGGUUGUUGGCGGCUUGCAUCCUCGCAUCAAACCAUCCCAUCCCCCAGGGAAAACCGCCCAAACCCAAACCCAAAAACAACAUUCCGCAUCCGCUUCAGCAGUGCCGGCGCCUUCAAAGCCAGCCACUGCGAAAAGCGCUGUAAUCGGAGGUCGCGCAGUAAUUGACAAGUCGCAGUCUCAGCAAGCGAACAAGCAGCGGGCGCAGGUAAACAUGGCUUCGGGCGUUCCUGGCCUUGGGACGCUGUCAAGCACGCCUGGCAGCGCGAAAGCUCCCGGCUCCGGAACGACCGAAAUCCAUCCUGUGCUCUUGCAAAAGUCUGACGACUUGGUCAAGGCCGAGAUUCAGCUACAACGGCAGCGGGUGGAGCGCAGCCUCAAGGAGCAACUUGAGCAGCAUCGUGGCCCUAAACGGGCGUCGAGACAGCUAGCCGAACUUGACGUCGCCGAUAUUCUGGCGAAGGCCAUGUCGCUGGUCCUUGCGACUCCUCUUGCCCAGCCUACUGACGACACAGCUGCUAAUGUCUCAGCGUCGAACGAUUCGGCUGAUGAUGACACUUUCUAUUCAAGCCGGCACGACACUCCCGAAUCGAACAUGGUGUCCCGACUUCCCAACGAGUCCGAGGAUGAAGAGAUGCGAGAGGGAUCACCGUACGAGCCCGAACUCGAUUUCAGCCCAGUCAUCCUACAGCCGCAGCCUGCUACGCAGCCCCCGCUAGCCGUACCCAGCGCCGCCACUUCCCAGCCCCAGCAACAGCUGAACACGACGGCGCCAGCCCAGUCGGCCCCGGCAUCCGGCGUAACGGUACCUGGCCUGUCGAUUGGCGCCAGUAGUUCUACAAGGGUAUAUGUGCCCCAAGCACCAGCGGCUGCUACUGCGGUGCAGCACGGCUCAGGAGGGCGCUCGGGGGAAUCGGCUCAGACGGGGAGCGCGCAGUUGAGCGGCUCACAUGAUCUUGCGCGGGUAAACGAGCAAUUGCUUAACCAGGCUUUGGUUCGCGAACCUCCCCUUGUUCGUGGGCAUGAUCUCUCCCCUCUCGCGCCCCAGCCCACCCAUGUUUUGCCGUCAGCCAUGGCGAGGGAGCCGGAACUUGGUCCCACCGAGUCUGGAAGCGCCCCCCAAGCUGCUCCUGCGCAGGUUGCUGCGCUCAGAAAGCAACCCUCCAAUGGCUCGAGCCCAGAGAGUUCGCCCCAUAGUAGCAAAGCCGCUGAGAAGAAGAAGAACAACAAGAAAAAGAAGAGAAAGGCUGACCGGCUCGCUGCUGACACUGCGGCUGCCUCUCCGUACAUCAAACCAGAGCCGCGUUCUCCUUCGCCGCUGACCCCUCAGUUGUCCCGCCCCAAUAAACGCCAGAGGUAUUCGCAGCAGCAACCGGUAGAGAUUCACGAUGAUGAGCCUAGAUAUGAGCAGCCAGUGCGAGUCGAGAGUGGCUACCAAGGGCGCUACCAGCCCAGGGUUGUCAGGCAGGAACGGGUUGUGGGCUACGAGAGAGCCGAUGAGUAUCGCGCCCAUCACGGCGAAGAGCCUAUUCUCGUUACCUCCCCAAGAUAUGAGAGGGUGUAUUACGAUGACUACAGAGCGCCACCUCCCAGCGGUUACCAAGCCGGACCGGAGCCAGUCCAGUAUGUCUCUAGGGAAGUACGUACCGCGCGGCCUGCGUCACGCCUUGUCGAGGGUCCUUACGAGGACGGUGCUACUUACCAUGACGUUCGCGCCGCAUCGAGGAUGAGCGUGCGUCCCGCAGCAUACCCCGAGCGCUCGCAUUCGCCGUCCGGAUACGAGCGGCCGCCUGCGGCGAUGCCUCCUCCCAGAACAGCGGCGCGCCGCAUAAUCGUCGACGCCUUCGGCCGCGAGUACUUGGAGCCGGUGCGCCCAGCCGCCGUCGCCCGGGAAGAGGUGGUGGCGGAGCCCAGGGGUCCUUUUGAGCGAAUCGUGACACCGCGUGGCAUCUCGCACCGGCCAGAGCCGGUCGAUGAUGACGCGGUGCUCUAUCACCCAACUUCGCCGGCGUAUGCCGCCCCCAGACGCGUGUUUACCCAACCGGAGUACUCCUACCGGGAACCCGCCGGGCUAAGCAGCGCCAUGGCCCCUCCCCCAGCCGAGUACCUCCCGUCCCGCCCAGAGCCUCCGGUGGAGUACAUCGCCCGCUCCGCCAGCGUCCGGCCCCCCAUGGAGUCAGCCCGUUAUGACACCUACGAGCAGCGGAUCCCGGCACCGCUCGAUGAUCGGCCGCCGGCCCCGCCAAGGGAGUACUACCGCGCCGCUAGCGCCCGCCCGGUGGUGGGAGAGGGCCUCCCCCUCCCCCCGCGCUACGAAAUCCCCGUCGGUUACGAGCUGCCGGCACGCGAGUACCCGCCGGUCCCGCCGCGCUCGGCCAGCGUGCGUCCCGCUGCGGACUCGAUCAUUCGGUACGAAGUGCCCCGGGAGUAUGCGCCGGCGGCGGCGGCCGGCGGCAGGCGGGUGGAGUAUGCCCACCCGGGCCCUUCCCCCAUGGAUCCCGCGGGCGGCGCGGCCGCGGGGUAUCAGUACCACCCGCAGGAUGGGAGGAUCGAGAUCAUGCCCCCGCCGGCGCCGCCCGCUAGGGCCUACAGCGUCGCGCCGGGCGAGAUGGUGCGGAUGGAGUAUCCUCCCGCGACGCAGCAGCAGCAGCAGCCCGUGGAGAGGUACUAUGGCCGCCCGGCACCACAAGGGAGAGAGGAUGAGGAGGUGGUGUUUUUGGAGAGGGGACAGCCCGGGGCCAGGGAGGGGUAUCGCUGAGUUUCUAAGCUAGCGACUGGGAGGGUUUAGUCUGGAGGUGAUCGGGGAUGG